UAGACCAUUUGCCACCUUACAUUCAACAUAACCUAGCUACCUCUCUCUCUCUCUCUCAUGGCUAGGGUUCAUGUGGUUUGUGCAUACAUCAUCUUACUAUACAUCAUAAACAACUUGGUUUCAGUGAUAUCAACCAAUUUAACACCAUGGAAAAACACUUCAUUCCCAUAUGAAACCCUACAUGUUGAAAUAGCAACAAAACUUUCUCAAGAUCCCAUUUCUAUCAAAACAGUUUCUUCUGAUUUUGGUAAACUUAUUCAAGAAACACCAACCGCUGUUUUCCACCCUUCAACCAUUUCCGACAUAGCUCGCCUCAUUAAAGCCUCCUACACCGCUUCUACGCCUUUCAAGAUCGCUGCCAGAGGGCGCGGCCACUCAGUCGGUGGCCAGGCGAUGGCGAAAGAUGGAGUGGUGGUGGAAAUGAGUUCUUUGGUUGAUGGUGGGAUUAGGGUUUGUGGGUGUGAAAGUUUAGGGUUUUAUGCUGAUGUUAGCGGUGAAAAGUUUUGGAUCGAUGUUUUGAAGACGACGAUAGAGCAUGGAUUGGCCCCGGUUUCGUGGACGGAUUACUUGUAUCUUAGUGUUGGUGGAACACUUUCUAAUGCAGGGAUUAGUGGCCAAUCUUUUCUUCAUGGACCUCAAAUCAGUAAUGUACUUGAAAUGGAUGUCAUCACUGGAAAAGGAGAUUUCAUGACUUGUUCAAAAACCAUAAACUCUGAACUCUUCUAUGGAGUUCUUGGAGGUCUUGGUCAAUUUGGGAUCAUAACUAGAGCAAGGAUUGUACUACAAAAAGCACCAACAAGAGUGAAAUGGGUUAGAAUGAUUUAUGAAGACUUUGCUACCUUCACAAAGGACCAAGUGAAAGAGAUGGUUCAGGCUUUCAUUGAUACAGAAAUGAAAGGCUCGCUUAUCAUGAAGAAAAGUCCUGCAAACAACUGGAGAUCUUCGUUUUUCUCAAUUCAUGAUGAAGCAAAAGUAAACUCGUUAGCAACUAAACACGGCAUCAUAUAUAGCUUAGAAGUAGUCAAAUAUUACGACGAUUUCAGCAUAAAAACCAUAGACGAGGAACUUGAUGAGAUGUUCAAUGAGUUAAGCUUCAAAACUGGAUUUAUUUUCAAGAAAGAUGUAACAUUUGUUGAUUUUCUUAAUAGAGUGAGAACCGAAGAGGUGAAACUUCGAUCCGAAGGAUUUUGGGAUAUUGAUCAUCAUCCAUGGUUAAAUUUGUUCGUCCCAAAAUCUCACAUUUUGGAGUUUAAUCAACGUGUGUUCGUUGAUAUUAUUAAAAAAGAAAGCAAAAGCUCAGGUCCUUUCCUUGUGUACCCGAUGAACCGGAAAAGGUGGGAUUACAAGACGUCGGCUGUCAUUUGCGAUGAAGACGUAGACAUAUUUUAUACCGUAGGUUUAUUGCACUCGGCUAGAAAUGUUGAAGACGGAAAAAUACUUGACGAUCAAAAUAAAAGGAUACUCAUGUUAUGUGAUGAACUUGGUAUUAAAGUAAAGCAAUAUCUCCCACAAUAUUACAAGACAAAAGAAGAAUGGAUGAAGCAUUUUGGUAGCAAAUGGAGUGUGUUUGAGGAGAGGAAAGCCAAGUAUGAUCCAAAAAUGAUAUUAUCUCCGGGACAAAAUAUCUUCAACUUUAGUUAGAUUAAUUAUUUAGUUUAUGCAUACAUGUUAAUGUAUGUAUAUUAAGAGUGAUAUAUUAUGGUGGAUUAGUGAGAAAUAUCGGGUUUAUGUAAUUUAAUUUGGUAUGUCA